GGUUCUAAAUGUUAGUAGUAGUUCCAGAUUUCAGUGAAAAAAAUAAAUCAAAAUAUUUCCAUGUAUAAUGGUGUAUUAUUGCAUAUCAAUCGAUGCAUUUGCCCAAAUAUUUUAUUCUGAACAAAAAAAAAAAAACGGGCCGGAAGUUGAAUUGGGCUGGAGCGUAGCUAGAUGCGUGAAGCAGCUAUAGUGAAAACGUCCACUAUGGCUGAGACUCACAGUUUACAGGACCUCCAGCAGCCAGCUGUCUCCUCCAAGGUGUUUAUCCAGAGAGACUACAGCUCAGGAACCAUCUCCAAGUUCCAGACCAAGUUCCCCUCUGAACUUGAGUCAAGGCUUGAUAAGCAGCAGUUUGAGGAAACCAUCCAGACUCUAAACAACUUGUACGCAGAGGCAGAGAAACUAGGGGCCGAGUCUUACUUGGAGGGCUGCUUGGCUUGUCUAACUGCAUACAUAAUAUUCCUCUGUAUGGAGACACACUAUGAAAAGGUGUUAAAGAAGAUUGCUAGGUACAUUAAGGACCAGAAUGAGAAGAUAUAUGCUCCCAGGGGCUUGCUGUUGACUGACCCUAUAGAGAGAGGCCUCAGAGUUGUUGAAAUUACCAUCUUUGAAGACAGAAGUAUCGGCUCUGGAAGAUAAAGAACCUUGGGGGUAUGGAGUCUUUCUGGUGUAUUCUUAUUGAAGAGGUCCACUGAAAAGGUUUUGGGUGCUCCAAUUUGACAUUUUUGCCCAUAACCUAAGAAAUCAAGAUUAUAUUAGGAUAUGUUCCAAAAUAUUGCCCACAACGCUUCUUUUUUUAGCCACAGUCAAAUCAAAUUGAUCUCCUGAUAACUUUUAAUUCCAUCAUUUGAUAAGUAAUCCUUUAGCAGGACAUUUAUUACCAUCUAGUCAAAUCAUAAAAUAAGAUCUCACACUGAAAUCUCCAUUGUCUGUCCCAAUGUCUAUUCUUAAUGCUAACAAGAUUUUCUUCUUUCUUUCUACCUCUGUGUAUAGACUGAUGACUUUGACCAGAUACUCUUUGUCUUGUCUGGCAGCAGCAGUUUUGAUCUGAUUCUCUUCUUUGUUAUUUAUAAGUACUCUUAUGUCUCUCUAUCCUUAUGUUUGCAAAAGUGUUUUAACUUUGUUUUUUAUACAUGCUGUGAUGUAAAAAUCCUUUCCCAAUUGAUCAAGACCUGUCUUUAUAAACAGUGCCAUUGUGUUAAAUGCAACUUGUAAAACAUGAUAAAUAUAUGUGAUUUGACUUGUAAAUUCUUAUGUGCAAAUAAUAUAGAGUUAAAUGAUGUUUAGUCGCCCAGAACAGUUAUAGGAAAUAGGUAGGGAUGGAGUUGUUGGCACAGUCUUUUUAGCAGUAAUCGAGUUAUGGUCUGUGCGCCACAGUAUUAAUAUGCUGGUAGUUGCCUUUGUUGAGGUAAAUGUUUUCUUAGCUGUGCAUGACUGUGACUUUUUUGUGGGCGGGUUCAUGUCUUGUCAAACAUGCAAAUUGGAAUUCUGGACCAGAUUUUUUUUGUGACUGGAAAUAGAGCUUGUUUACUGUAGUUAAGUCCAUCACAAAGUUACAGUGUGGCGUAGUACAUUUUAAAAUAUGUCCAUCUCAGUGUCAUAGUGCGUCACUAAAUCUACCAAAUCAUAUUCAAAAGUCAUGUCACGUGUUUCUAUUAAGAUUCACCAUAUACAUUGCGAAUGUCAUCACUUUUUUCAUUAUCACCAGACACCACAGAAACCUUAAACACUAUCAACUCCACAGAUGAUUGCUAUUAUGUUGGUGUUUGAUACAGUACUUUUCUUACAAAUAUGUUCGAUCUAAAUAAAAAGCCUUUUCCUGAAACAUG